AGCCGGAGAGCCAGCCGCGCUGGUGACAACUUCUCUGGGGCGCGCGCGGGGCUGGCAGGCGUGGAGCGAGCAGGGAGCGCGGCCGAAGCCAGAGGCUGGGGGAGCUGCUGGAGCCUCGCGAAGCCGCGGCCCGCGCCCUGCGCCGUCACCGCCGCCUGCUAGUUUCCUCCGGGUUCUCAGCCCCGGGUGCUGAGGCUUCGGUCUAUAAAUAGCAGGUUACAGCUCCUCCUGGGCGCGCACACGCUCACAGGCUCACAAGCGAACGCAGGAAAGUCAGGCUAAAAGUGUCUGCUGCUGCUGCCGCCCCCUACUCCGCCUCCGGGAGAGAACACAAAGAAAUGGUGUUACCUGGCAAGAGAUCUUCUGUCUUUUAUGAAAAAUUAGACAAAGAGCCUUGAAACCAGCAAAACAAUAAUCGAAGAGCAAUUCUGUCAAGGGAAACACCAUAAAUCAGGUACAGAAUUUCAGAGUGGGAUAUCAGAUCUUUAGUGUGAAGAUACAUCUACAUUAAACCAGAAAUCACUGGAAGUGACAUUUGGACAAGAACAUUUGGAAAAUUUUAAAACUGUGAAGGUUGAUCAUGGAAAUUAAAGAGGAAGGGGCAUCAGAAGAAGGGCAGCACUUUCUUCCUGCAGCCCAGGCCAGUGAUCCCGGGGACUGUCAGUUCACAAGUAUCCAGAAGACUCCAAAUGAACCACAGUUGGAAUUCAUCCUUGCAUGCAAGGAUCUUGUGGCUCCUGUCCGUGAUCGUAAACUGAAUACACUGGUGCAGAUCUCCGUAAUCCACCCCGUGGAGCAGAGUCUGACAAGAUACUCCAGCACGGAAAUUGUGGAGGGAACAAGAGACCCACUGUUUUUGACUGGUGUCACAUUCCCAUCUGAGUAUCCCAUCUAUGAGGAGACCAAAAUAAAACUAACAGUCUAUGAUGUCAAGGAUAAGUCUCAUGACACCGUUCGAACCAGUGUCCUACCAGAACAUAAGGAUCCCCCGCCAGAAGUUGGGCGAAGUUUCUUGGGCUAUGCCAGUUUUAAAGUGGGAGAGCUACUGAAGUCAAAGGAGCAGUUGCUGGCCCUGAGCCUGAGAACUUCAGAUGGUGGCAAAGUGGUUGGCACCAUAGAAGUCAGUGUCGUGAAGAUGGGGGAGAUUGAGGAUGGGGAAGCCGACCACAUCACCACAGAUGUACGGGGACAAAAGUGUGCCCUGGUAUGUGAAUGUACAGCCCCAGAAAGUGUGAGCGGAAAAGAUAACUUACCUUUUUUGAAUUCAGUGUUAAAGAACCCAGUAUGUAAAUUAUAUAGAUUUCCCACAUCUGACAAUAAGUGGAUGCGAAUUCGAGAGCAAAUGUCAGAGAGCAUUCUUUCCUUUCAUAUUCCUAAGGAAUUGAUUUCCCUUCACAUUAAAGAAGAUUUGUGCAGAAACCAGGAGAUAAAAGAACUUGGUGAGCUUUCUCCACAUUGGGACAAUCUGCGAAAAAAUGUCCUUACUCACUGUGACCAAAUGGUGAAUAUGUACCAAGACAUUCUGACAGAACUGAGCAAGGAAACAGGGUCCUCUUUCAAAUCAAGCAGCAGCAAAGGAGAGAAAACAUUAGAAUUUGUUCCAGUAAAUCUACAUCUGCAAAGAAUGCAGGUACACAGCCCUCACUUGAAAGAUGCUCUCUACGAUGUCAUCACUGUGGGAGCCCCAGCUGCCCAUUUUCAGGGAUUUAAGAAUGGUGGUCUUCGGAAACUACUCCAUAGAUUUGAAACAGAAAGAAGAAAUACCGGAUACCAGUUUAUUUACUAUUCACCUGAAAACACAGCCAAAGCAAAAGAAGUGCUCAGCAACAUCAAUCAACUACAACCUCUUAUAGCAACCCAUGCAGACCUACUGCUUAAUUCUGCAAGCCAGCAUUCUCCAGACAGCCUGAAGAAUUCUUUAAAGAUGCUUUCAGAAAAAACAGAGCUUUUUGUACAUGCCUUCAAGGAUCAACUUGUCAGGAGUGCUCUUUUAGCACUCUACACCGCAAGGCCAGGCGGUGUUCUUAAGAAACCCCCAUCUCCUAAGAGCAGCACAGAGGAGAGCAGUCCCCAAGAGCAACCCCCACUGAUGAGACGGCAGGACUCCAUACCACAUCAUUCAGACUACGAUGAGGAAGAGUGGGACAGGGUGUGGGCCAACGUAGGGAAGAGCCUGAACUGCAUUAUUGCUAUGGUGGAUAAACUGAUUGAAAGAGAUGGCAGCAGUGAAGGCAGUGGCAGCAACAAUGAUGGAGAAAAGGAACCUUCGUUAGCAGACUCCAUCCCCUCUCACCCAAGAGAGGACUGGUAUGAACAGUUGUAUCCCCUCAUCCUUACCCUGAAGGACUGCAUGGGAGAAGUGGUGAACCGAGCCAAGCAGUCCCUGACGUUUGUGCUCCUUCAGGAACUUGCGUACAGCUUGCCCCAGUGUCUGAUGCUGACGCUAAGAAGAGACAUCGUCUUCAGUCAAGCGCUUGCCGGAUUGGUUUGUGGUUUUAUCAUCAAAUUACAGACAAGUCUGUAUGACCCAGGCUUCCUACAGCAGCUUCACACAGUGGGGUUGAUAGUACAGUAUGAAGGGCUACUAAGUACAUACAGUGAUGAAAUUGGAAUGCUAGAGGACAUGGCUGUUGGCAUUUCUGAUUUAAAGAAAGUCGCAUUUAAAAUAAUUGAAGCCAAAUCCAAUGAUGUAUUGCCAGUUGUAACAGGAAGACGAGAACAUUAUGUGGUAGAGGUCAAGCUUCCAGCCAGGAUGUUUGAGUCGCUACCUCUACAGAUUAAAGAAGGACAGUUGCUUCAUGUGUAUCCAGUACUUUUUAACGUUGGAAUCAAUGAACAGCAAACUCUGGCUGAGAGGUUUGGAGAUGUCUCUUUGCAAGAAAGUAUUAAUCAGGAAAACUUUGAACUUCUACAAGAAUAUUACAAGAUAUUUAUGGAAAAGAUGCCUCCUGAUUAUAUUUCACAUUUUCAGGAACAAAAUGAUUUAAAAGCAUUACUAGAAAAUCUCCAUCAAAAUAUCCAAUCCAAAAAAAGAAAGAAUGUAGAAAUUAUGUGGCUGGCUGCAACGAUUUGCCGCAAACUAAAUGGUAUUCGUUUCACCUGUUGUAAAAGCGCCAAAGACAGGACAUCGAUGUCAGUGACACUUGAACAAUGCUCAAUCUUGAGAGAUGAGCACCAGUUACACAAGGACUUCUUUAUCCGAGCGCUGGAUUGCAUGAGAAGAGAAGGAUGCCGCAUAGAGAAUGUACUGAAGAAUAUCAAAUGCAGAAAGUAUGCUUUCAACAUGCUACAGCUGAUGGCUUUCCCCAAGUACUACAGACCUCCAGAGGGGACUUAUGGAAAAGCUGACACCUAAGUUUACCAACAUGUUAAUAAACAGGAACACAAAUAUGUUUCAGUUGGAUAAUCUUCACCUUGGUCUUUUUUGUUUGUUUUUAUUGUCAUGAAUUUGUGGUUGGGGAGAUGAUCACAGAUGUUUGCCAAAAUCUAGGAACUACUUGAAUUCAUUGUCAGCAUAUUACUCUGAAAGAAAUCCAUUUAAAAAAAUCUUACAUGACUCAGUACUGUCAUUUCUAGUUCUAAGUUUCUAUGUGCUGAGCCUAGCUGAUUGUGAUUGGUUCACAAAGUAUAAAUUUCAUUCAUGAGUAUUUAAAUGUUUCUGAGGAAACAUGGAUCAUUUCAGUAGGACUUGGGGUGAUUCAGAGAGCACUACUGUCCAUCCAAAUGAAGAGAGGAGAGGGGGAAAAGGAGCAGAGUUUUUUGUGAUACAACUUAAUAACCUAUGAGAACAUAGUCAACCUGAGAAUCAAUAUAAGGGAUUAAAAGAAAACGUGUAGCCACUCAAUUAGGUAGAGUUAACUCGUGAUCUGGAAUACUGAGGCAGUUUGCAGGUAUGUUCCACAAUGAUCUCUAUCAUCCAGUCAAGGUGUGACUCUUCCUCUUCAACAGGCAUAUGCAUGAAGUGAGUAAAGCAGUCAACAGACCUUUCAAAACCAUGGCAUCUUUUCAGAACUCUGACUUGGGUUGUGUGAUCUAGCUGUGAAUGUAGCAAUAUAGAACGUUUAAUAGAGUGAUAGGCAAAACACUGCAAUGAUCUAAAAUUGCAAAGAAAAUAAAAAUGAACAUUUUGAUACCCAAAAUGAAAAUCCCCAUCAGCCUGAACUUUAUGUUGUGAAGUUCAUGAAUGUCAGUGAGGUGUCUCUGAGAUGUUUUUUAGCAGUCAUCUCAGUAUAAGCAUGCAGUUAUGGCAUAGGUUUGUAUAUGUUAAUAAGCCUUUAAAACGUAUGCAACCACAACAAAUGAUAAAGUAAAACAAUUAUUUUCUGUUACCCUGAAUUUCAAACUUGCCCUUACUCAGUAAAAUAACAACAUUUAUAAGUUUUCCAAAAUCCCAAAGUAGAGGUUUCCUUAAAAAUCAUCUUGUAUAAUACCAGUAUUCAAAAAUGGGUAAGGUUAAUCACCCCCAAUCACCCAGCAAAAGAGUUGCAAAAUCAGAAUUACAACCUCUUCUUACUUUUCUAGCCUGUGGCUUGUCCCUUCUCCAAAUUGCUAUGCUAAAUAUGCAUGAAAAUUAAGGGAGAAUGCUAGUUAGUUAAAAAGAAAUUAGGAUUUAUCACUGGAAUUGAAACUAAGAGUACAAAAGUCUGAAUGAAUGAAACUUUUUUUCUACAAAUUUUAUGAAUUUAUUCUUGUUCCUUUCUCAUUAGAAGAACAUGCUAUCCAAAGCAUAAAUCUCCCUUGAAAAUAACAGAGGCUCAUUAAGCCCUCUCUUAGCUAUGAUCAAUGGAUGAUAUUAUGCUUUCCAUACCGAAUGUGAUAGCUCCUUGCCUAAUAUUCCUGUUGAAAUAAGGAUUCCAAACACAUUUCUAGUCCCAGGUUAAGAUUUUCAAAUUACUACAAAUUUUAGGUAAGCAUUUGGAGUUUUUUACACUAGAAUUAUCAAUUUUUUAUUUUAGCUAAUUACCUGUGGGCAUUAUACUUGAGGCAGUUACGAAACUACUUACAGCCUUUUUAAUGAAAAUGUGCUGUGUACUUUGAAUCCAUUCAUAGACAAAAUUACCUUGAUGUUCUCUUAACUCAUUCUUUAUUUUAGUGAUUAAAUAUGACCUUUGAGUUGUUCAAUAUCAUUUGAAAAUGGUAGGAUUUGUGGUUAUUUUCAUGCCCCACUGGAUUUAAGAUAAAGAGGCUGGGAUGACAGAGGCCUCCUCCAAUAUCUAUGAAGCCUCAUUCAGCAUAUCAAAUGGUAAUCUGAGUUCCAAGAAACCUUAAGUAAUUUGUCAACCUGUAAAUACUCUUAUAAAUAAUAAUUUUUAUUUGUAGUUUUAAAAAAUGAAACCACUUGACUCGAAUACAGAAAAAUAUUAACUAGAAAGCCAACAGCAGGGGUUUCUAUUUUUAAAAGACAUUUCAAGGAUUUCCUAUAAUCCCAGCACUUUAGGAGGCCAAGACGGAUGGAUCACUUGAGGUCAGGAAUUCAAGAUCAGCCUGACAAACACGGUGAAACCCCAUCUCUACUAAAAAUACAAAAAUUAGCUGGCUGUGGUGGUACACACCUGUAAUCCCAGCUACUCGGGAGGCUGAGGCAAGAGAAUCGUUUGAACCCAGGAGGUGAGGUUGCAGUGAGCUGAGAUCACACCAUUGCACUCCAGCCUGUGUGACAAGAGUGAAACUCCAUCUCUAAAUAAGUAAAUAAAUAAAUAAAUAAUAUAGAAGCCUCAAAUUAUAGUGCUUACUGUAAUACAAAUGCUUUAUGAAUUUUCAUUCAUUAGCAUAGUCAUCUGCAUUUCCUUAUAGAAAGCCUAUACUGGUGUAAACUUCUAAAAGUGGAUUUCAUCAAGAAAAUGUAUUUCAUAGAGACAACAAUAUUGCUUUUUUCCUGAGAGACAGUUCAAAAAUUCUUGAACAACUACUUCACUAUUUCUUAAGUUAUUAAGGCUAAAUCAAAGAGCAAAUGUUAAAAAAAAAAAAAAAGCGUUUAAAUCUCUCUUGAACGAACACAGCCACAGGCAUGCUAUUCUAUCUACAUUUUCACUUAAAAGAUACACCAGCAGACCUAUUUUAGGAGGUCAUAUUGAGCUGAAAAAUGAACUGAGCAAAUGACAUUUCCAAACUCUUUUUUUGCUCAAAAAUAAUAUGUUCCCCUUUGAUAUUAAAUGCAGAUAUCAAUUCUGGAUUAGUUAUUUACUGAGCCCUAGGAAAAACAUAUUUAAAGACAAGGAAACCAUUCAUUUACAUUUCAUAUCAUUGCUUUUUUCUUUUAAGUAUUGCCUUGAGGUUUGUCUAUACUCUGCCAAAACAAUCCCUGAACAUAGUUUGGUCAGCCUCAUAAUUCAAUGAGUCAAGAAACCAUUUGAUCCAGGUGAUAAACUGUACUAAAUAACAAACUGCCCAAUCAGGGCAGAGCUCCACAGACCCAGCCUCCAGCCCUUAUUUUAUAAGACUAACCCCUCUUCUGAAAAACUCUGAAGGCUUAAAAGCUAGCAUUUGGAUAGAGGAUACUUCCUUUUUAUCCUUCAACUAUGUAUGGCAUUUUACAUAAAAUAAGAGGUAAAAAAGCAAAGAGAAACUGAUUUGUAUAAAGUAAUGCCUUUCUUCCCAAGCAAAUCAAACGUCUCCCUAUGUAAAAGUUGAUAGUGUACCAAGAGACACACUACCACUGGUGGGCUGGAACUAGCUCGUUCUGAUGCAUAAAAGUUGGUAAUUAAAGUAUCCAAAAUUUUGUAAGCUAGUUGUUAAAUGUAACCAUUAUUAAAUAUGAAAUUACAAAACACAAUGGAAUACAUUGAAAACAAAGGUAAUAAUCAAAACAUACCACUUCCCAAUUAUUUUACUACCUUAUACUAUUUAUCAGGACUCUUGAGUCUGUUUAGGUCUAUUGCAUCUUUAUAGUGAAAACAGAAUACAAUAUUGUGCUACUAUGGGUCUCUUCCUGACUGCAGAUUCUUAACGUGGUGUUAGUAGCUUGAAACUGUCCACAGUGGGAGUAUUUACACCAUAGAAACUGGCAAAUGCUAUGAACUAGCAAUUUUAAUUCCUGGAAAGGCAGUUGUUGAGCAUUUACCGGCACACAAUGAAUGCCUUCAUCUAUUUUUUUUUCAUUAGGAAAUAAAUUAUGACAGGCAGUAUAAAAUUAUUAAAAUGGUAUCAAAUGCAAUCCCUUAUCUUCAGAUGGCUAUAAUUUUGUUUUGGUUUUUACCUUCUUUAAAGACUCCUGUUAGGUUAAAAGUCAUAUUUGAUGACUAUAUUCAUAAUUAAAUUAUUAAAUCACAUUUUCUCUUGAUAAUGCUUUGCAGGAGAAUUCUUAGCAAUUCAACUGUAGUCUAAGCAAUAACUCAGGGCUAAAUUCAGGGAAAUGUUAGCCCAAUCAGAUAUCACUAACAAUGUACUUCACCAUCUAUUUUGGAGUUUAUAAUUUUGGCAUUUGCUGAAAGUAGGAAAAACAGUAACAUAUUACUGUGCCCAGAUUCUAAUAAAUGUAGCUCAAUUGAAACCUAAACUGUUACAUUAAAUAAAUUACACUCUGGCACUAUGCUAAAUCACCACAGAUAUUUUAGGUGUUUAAUUUCCAAGCAGGAUGGUGUAUCAUUUGUUUGGUUCAAUAUACGAGGCACCAUUUGUAGUCUUUUAGGAAAUAAAUUAACUUUUAUCACAGAUUUAGGAAACUUGUCUAAAAAAACUGUGAUCAUCAGUUACAGAGGGAAGGAAACAUAUUGAACACAAGGCAUCAUAGUAGCUGGAGGCCUUAAAAAUUAUGCACGACUAAAAAGAAUGAUUUGGUGAGAGAUGUGUAGCUGAUUGACAAUUUUAGUGUGAAUUCACAUUCAUUUAACCCAGCAGCAAUCUACAUAAGCUAUGCUUUUUCCCCCCAUAUUUAUGUUUCUUAGCUUAUAAAGUCCCAAUAUAUUAUCUUUUGUUGCUUUGGCAGUUUUAAGUUAGAGCACUGCAUUCACAGAGAUGCCACCUAUAGCAAAAACUAUCUUUAAGAAUGGGAAACCAAAAUGAAUGUUUUAUAUAAAAUAUUGCAAGCUAUUAGGUGUAGAGUUAAUGUAUGGAAAUUUGCAUUUGUUUUUCUGAAUCAUGGUGCACAUUGAUCACUCACUGAAUUUUAUUUCUAAGCAAAUAAGAGAGUCAAACAUUUCUAAAAGGAACAUAUUAUGUUUUGCUAUUAAUAACAAGGAGAUAGGAAAAAUAGUAAGGUAACAUAAGCCAAAAAAAAAAAAUGUAAUGAAAUUAGCUGCCCUGAGUUGGAAUUUUUACAGAUUGCAUGCAUACUUAGAAUUUUAAAUUUUUAAAAGAUUUGCAAUUGAGUAUGGUACCCAGAGAGAGUGAGUAUCAAGGGAAAGAAGACCUAAUACAAGUGUUGUUGCCUGAUAAAUCACAUCUUGCCAAAAAGUAUAUAAUUUUUAGUAAAUACAGUUCUUUAGGAAGAAAAAAAAAUGUUGCCCUUUCACACUCACAAUGUAAAUACAUUGAUAAUAUUCCUUAAAUCAUCUAAAUUACUGCCAGGUCAUGAAAGGACAUGAUCAAUGAUGACCUACUGCACUGACAGGCAACAUUGACUCAAAUUUUGGCAAGAUUGCUAUGUUAUCUAGAUAAUUCUUGUGAUGUUUUUAUGUCACUAUCAACAUUAAAAACAUUUUAUGUUAAACUAUGAAACUUUCAAAAGUUUGACUGCAUAUAACUGUAUGGGCACUCUCAUUUCACUGCAUACAUACAAUACUUUGUAUACACAGACUUCUCAUGUGAAUAUUAUUUUAUUUAACCUAACAUUGAACUUUUAGAUUUUUGUGGUACUCAUCUGAAAGGUUGGCAUUUGUUUUCUUUUUAUGUUACAUAUAUAUUUUAGAUGAACCAAUAACGUGUAUUCCUAGAAAAUAGGAAUUUUUUCUUGGCACAAAUAGAUUGAUCAUUUUAUAUUGGCAUUUAAGACAUGUCAUUUUUGUUUUAUUGUUCUGUGUAAACCAUAUUCAUUGUACACUGUGUGUAUAUUUUUGUUUAAAUAAAUGUGAUUUUUAUUUUUUA